AUGGCAUUGGUCACCACUUUGGUCACCACGUUGGUCAGCACAUUGGUCAUGGCGUUGGUCAACACUUUGGUCAGCAUCUUGGUCAGCACGUUGGUCAGCACAUUGGUCAUCACAUUGGUCAGCACGUUGGUCAGCACAUUGGUCAGCACUUUGGUCAGCACCUUGGUCAGCACCUUGGUCAACACUUUAGUUAAUACCUUGGGCAGCAUCUUGAUCAGCACUUUAGUUAACUAUUACACAAUCACAUACAACAAUUAA